GUUGCUUUACACGUUGUCGUUGCCCUUAACAGUUCACAGUUUUCUUGGUUCGAUUUUCCCUUUUCCGCUUUAUUUCCAGGACGAAUAUCUAAAAAAUCGCAAGGCUGACUGAAUUUCAGCCUGUGAAGCAUCCACAGUAUAAACUACUGUCAGUUCUGUGUGUUUUCGCCUCGCAAUGGAUCCAGCGGAGUCCAAACCCGAGAUGGAAAUGGAAGCAUCCAGCGAGCUCCAGGGUUCUUCUGGCGUGGGAAAUUGUGGCGACCGUACCCGCCAGCUGGAGCAAAUGAAUCCCACACCGUUAGCCGAAAAAUCCAGCCCUUCAGCUGACCGCGGAAAGCGCAGUGGGGGCAAAUUCAAAGAACGGAUGAGCCGCGAGGAGGAAGAUCGGCUGAAAUACACGGCCGUCCAUACCCGUCCCGCUGCCGUGAAAGAAAAGAAAGGAUGUAUGGGCGAUAUUGUGCGGCUGCAUUCCAACUAUAUCGAAGUGAAAGUCAGCAACAAAGGGGUUAUUUACCAGUACCAGGUAGACUUCGAGCCACUGCCCGGAAACCGUUCUCAGCGCUUCGGGAUAAUCAACCGAUGGGCAGACACGAAGCAGCUGCAGAAGCAUGCUUUCAUUUUCGAUGGCGGCAGUAUCCUGUAUGUUGGUCCGUCAUCUGCAGAACGGGUUUCUGAGGGAUGCGAAGACGCCGUUGAGUUUAACCAACAGCAAUUUACUGUGCGCGUGUUUCGAACGGCCAACCUGGAUGCCGACAAUCCACAGGUGCUGGUGAUUCUCAAUUCCCAAUUGAACAGAUUUCAAGAGGACGAUUUGAAGAUGGUGCGGAUUCAGGACAGUUGUUUCGAUCCAGCCGGGAGGCUGGUGCCGCAGGGUUAUGAGCAACGGUUGGAACUUUGGCCGGGAUUUGAGACAUCCAUUGGAAUUUUUGAGCAGAACAAAGUUCUCAUGAGCGUUGACCAGCGCUUCCGCAUUAUUCGAAACGAAAAUGCUUGUACCGCUCUGCGUAUGGCGUAUGACGUUGCCAAAAGGACUAAAUCUGCGGACGGCCCGGAAGCAGUCAACAAGGAAGCGGCCAAAGUAAUCAUUGGAGAGAUGGUCGAGACUGUAUACAACCAUAUGGUAUACCGCGUGCAGGCAGUGGAAUGGAACAAGAAUCCGGGUAUGACGUUCGAAGCACGUGUGCGCGUGGGCGAAAAUUGGGAGAUAAAGAAGAUUUCGUUUGGACAAUACUUUCAUCAGCGUUAUAAUGUGCGCAUUACCGAUACCCACCAACCCUUACUGGUGGUGCGACCGGCCAAUCGUGCUCUGCGUCGUAAAGGGACGGAGCAAAUUCUGCUGGUGCCUGAGCUGUGUCGCCUAACCGGUUACACCGACCAGAUGCGCGCGGAUAUCAAUAUGAUGCGGGCUGUGUCCAGACACACCAAACUCGAUCCUGCACGUCGGAAGGACGCCACAGAGAAGUUCAUUCGUAAGAUAACCGGAAAUGAUAAUAUUCAGAAAGAGUUAAACUACUGGGAUGUGCAGUACGGAAAGGAGCUGAUGAAAUUCUGCGGUCGUUGUUUGCCGCCACAAAAACUGUUUCAAAGUGGGAAGGAGUUUUCCUAUGACGCGCUUAAAGCGGACUGGAGCCAACCGGCGCGCAGUGCGCGGUUCCAAACACCCGUGCAACUGCCUGUUUGGUUGGUGCUGACCACCCAGCAAAACGUCGCCACCACGAAGCAGUUUGUCAACAUGUUAAUCCAGGUGGCUGGUCCCAUGGGGAUGCGCAUCGACAGCCCCAGAGUGGAAGUGGUCGGCGAUUCGCCGCAAGCGUACAUCGAGAAGGUCCAGCGUAUGCAACGACCAGAACUGAAAUUGGUUUUGGCUGUGUUUUCUUCGAAUUCAAAGGAUCGAUACGAUGCGUUCAAAGAGACGCUGUGCUGCAAUUUGCCCUGCGCAUCCCAGGUGGUUUUAUCCAGGACUAUUAACGGAGCUCCCAACAAGCUCAUGAGCGUAGCCACCAAAGUGUGCAUGCAGAUUAAUGCCAAACUGGGCGGUGACAUUUGGACCAUGCGCUUUCCAUUCGAUGCACCAACCAUGGUGAUCGGCAUCGACUGCCAUCGCGACCGGCUAAACCAGAAGAUUCUAGUGGCGGCUGCGGCGUCAGUGAAUAACACACUUUCCAAAUACUACAACUGCGCCGUAUAUGCCGAUAAUGAUGAGGAGGUCUUGACCUGUAUCCCGUUGCUGAUCAAAGAGUGUAUGAGCCAUUUUAUGGACAAGUGUGCGAAGAAUCUUGCGGGUGUAUUCGUUUACCGCGAUGGCAUCUCCGAAGGUCAGCUAAGAAAUAUCAAGGAAAUUGAAUUAGCCGCUGUGCGCAACAUCACCGACGGUCUGUCGACGGAUAGAAAAAUCAGGCUGACGUACAUUCUGGUCAACAAACGCGAGAGCACGCGGUUCUUUAAGGACAAUAACGGCGGCAUCUACAAUCCACUGCCCGGUACGGUCGUGGAUGACGUGGUCACUCGGCCGUUUCGUUACGAUUUCUACAUCGUUUCGCAAACGGUCCGCGAAGGCACCGUAGCGCCAACAUAUUAUAACGUCAUCGAUGAUGACUCGGGCAUGCAACCGGCACAUUUGCAGCAGAUGACGUACAUGCUGUGCCACAUGUACUUUAACUGGCCGGGAACCAUUCGUGUGCCGGCUCCGGUACAAUAUGCGCGCAAGCACGCCCAACUGGUUGCGCUGAACCUUCAUAAAAACGCUUCCGACCAGCUGCGUGAACAGAUGUUCUAUCUGUAAUCGUUGUCAUAUAAGCUUCCAUGUAAGCUGGUUGUUCUUGUUGAACGUUUUUUUGUUUUGCAACUUUCUGACUCUUGGAAGUCUUCAACAACGCUUUUGCGUAAUACAAUACUAUGUAUGUUAUGUCGUCUUAUUUUUUUACGGAUUACAAGCAUAUCUUAUGUAUUUAUAUUUUGGAAUGCCAUUUUCGUAAAAGGUGUCGUUACUUUUUUUUAAGAAACUGUGUGUUGGCCGUUUUUGAGCAUUCAUCAAAGAGGUCGAAAUCGGUAGAACCUCUAUUAAACGAUGACCACUGUAACGCAGUCAUUUCUAUGAGUUCCAUUGCCGCUCAUAGCCAGUGUAUUGUAUGUAAAUUAUUUAUCUUUAGAUAAUUUUAGGAAAUACACAUACACGAUAGAUAGUACAAUGGCUGCCUGUGAUAAG